AUGAUUCAAAUAAUAUGGUUUAUAUUACUAUGUAUACAACUAAUAAUAGCAAAACCAUUUGACGAAAAAUUACAUUUAAGACCAUUGCCUAGGAAUAAAUUAUUACUGAGUUUUGAAUUUAUUAUCGAAUCAUUACCUUUUAAUUUACAAUAUUAUAAUGAAUCAAUAUCAACUAAUAGCCAACAAAUCAAUCAUUAUACUUAUUUCCCAAAUACUCUUGGUCCAAUUAUAGAAAAUACAAAUACUCGACAAUUACAAUUACGUUUCACUCAAGGUUGGUGGGAUAGUAAAUCAUGGGGUAAAUUACCAUUCAAUGGGAAAUUUAGUGGUGGUACUGGUGUUGAAGUUGUUGCUAUAAUUGAGGCUCCAAAUGUAGAAAUAGCACAAAAUAAUUGGUCUAAAUUGACUAAAAUAUUAUCUGGAUUCUUUUGUGCUUCUUUCAAUUUCAUAGAUGAUGAUAUAACUACAUAUCCAAGAUAUUUAACAAAGGAAAAUCAUACAAAUUAUUUACCAGAAAAGGGAAACAAGUUAUAUUUAUUAAGAGCUGCUUUACCUAGUGAACCAGUAUGUACUGAAAACUUGACUCCAUUUUUAAAAUUAUUACCUACGAAAGGUAAAGCUGGUAUUUCUUCAUUAUUGGAUGGUCAUAAAGUUUUUGAUUCUUUAUGGCAUGGUAUGUCAAUUGAUAUAACUACUGAGUGCAAUAAUGACACUUGUCAGUUGAAAUUGCAUCAAACAAUUAAUCAAAUUGUAGAUAUAAUGAGAUCAAUAAGGAAAAAAGAAGAAGGGGGUAUUCCAAAACCUACCAAAGGUGAAAAAUUAAGAUGUGAUACAAAUAAAACUUUUAAUGUAUGGCAAUGCUUCCCAUUAGGUGAUCCAACUGAAAUUGAAUGGAGUUUGGAGACUAUAUAUGGUAGAAAGAUUAAAGGAUCACCAUUCGAAGAUGAUCUGGAGAUUUCAAAAGUUUCCAUUGAUUAUGAACCAAGUAGUUGGAAUGUACAAAUGUUUAGAGAAACAGAUACUUCAACUAUAUCAAACACAAUAUCAAAUGAGCACUAUCACGUUGAUGAAUAUUUAACAGAACAAGUUGAUUAUAAUUUUAAAUUCUCUACUGAUAAUUCAUUAAAUACAUUACCUAUUGAUACUCCACCAUUAUAUGCAUCAAGAUCAUUGACUGGUUAUUCAUUAGAUCAAGGUGGAUUAAGGGUAACAUUUACAAAUCCAUUAAAUACCCCAGUUGAAUUUAUAUAUUUUGAAAGUGUUCCAUGGUUUAUGAGAUUAUAUUUUCAUACAUUGAAAUUAGAAACGAAGAAUGAAACAGGUAAAUUUAUUAUUGAAAAUCACUCAGAUUAUAUAAAAGAUAGAUAUUAUAGACCAGCAGUAGAUAGAUCAAGACCAUCCCAUAUGGAAUUAUAUAUUGAAAUACCUCCAAAUUCAUCAUUAUCAAUGAGUUAUGAAUUUGAUAAAUCUUUAUUAUUAUAUAGAGAAUAUCCACCUGAUGCAAAUCAUGGAUUUGAUGUUGAACCUGCAAUAAUAACAAUACUUGACUCAAAUAAAAGUAGAUGUUAUGAAUUUAGAACAACAAGUUUAUUGUUAACAUUACCAACACCUGAUUUUUCAAUGCCUUAUAAUGUUAUAAUUUUAACAUGCACUGUUUUAUCAUUAGCUUUUGGAACUUUAUUCAACUUAUUAACUAAGAAAACAGUAACUGAUGAGGAAUAUGAAAUUGAAGCUCAAAAUACAAAAUUCGCAAAAUUGAAAAAUAAGAUUAAAUUAAUUAUGCAGAAUAUAAAAUCACGUAAAUAG